GAACGUAUGCGAAUUGCAUUGCUCAGAAAAUACAUUCGUAAGAUUAAGAUCAAGCACAUUGUGCGCGAAGAAUUUUUGUACAUUUCUGUUAAAGAAUUACAGAAUCUCUGAAUCAUGGCUGCGACAAUGCCAAUAAAUCCCAAGCCAUUCCUAAAUGGUUUGACUGGAAAACCAGUCAUGGUGAAGUUAAAAUGGGGCCACGAAUACAAAGGUUACCUUGUCUCAGUUGACGGAUACAUGAAUUUGCAGCUUGCAAAUACUGAAGAACACAUAGAGGGUAAUUGUACUGGGAACCUCGGUGAAGUGCUAAUCAGGUGUAACAAUGUUAUGUAUAUACGAGGAGUAGAAGAAUCAGAUGAAGAGGGCGAGAUGAAGGACUGAAGUGAUGAAAAUCUGAAACUUUAAUUUUUAUUACAUCCC